AUGAAAACCAUCUUUCUCUUGUUUAUUGCUGGAAUCCUUGCUGACAAUUCUUACCCUCAAAUUUCUAUCCAUCCUAACGAGAAUAAUUGUGACAGUUACCAGUAUGAACCUAACCCAAGAGAUGCCCGGACACCAAUACAAGUAUUAGUUGACAGUAAUUCUGACUUUGCCUUCAAGCUCUUCAGGGAGGUCUCCUCCAGUGAGAGCCAUCAAGGUGGCAGAAGCAAGAGCAAUGCUGUCUUCUCUCCCUUAUGCAUCUCCUCUGCCUUUGCAAUGCUGGCUUUGGGUGCAAAGGAUAACACUUUAGAUCAGAUUUUGAAAGGACUUGAUUUUAGGCCAUCAGAGAUCCCGGAGAGGAUGAUACAUGAAGGCUUCCGUGAUCUCACAUGCAUGCUAAAUAAUGGAGGGGUUGGACACCAGAUGGAAAUCGGGAAAUGUCUCUUUGUGCAAAACCAGCUAUAUCCUGAAGAGCAGUUCUUAAGUGGCCUCAAAAACCUAUAUGGAGGAGACAUCUUUUGGGAAAACUUCAAGAACACUGCAGCAACUGAGCAGCACAUCAACAGCUACAUCAAAAGGAAAACCCGUGGGAAGAUUUCUAAGCUUGUCGAUGAGGUCAAUCCCAUCACUGAAGUUCUGCUAGUUAGCUAUAUUUAUAUGAAAGCUAAAUGGAAGAAGCCUUUUAAUCCAAAGUACACAGAGGAGCACAACUUCUAUGUGAAUACCCACACGGUUGUGAAAGUGCCAAUGAUGUUCCAAAUGGGCAUGUUUGAAAUUGGACGUGAUGAAGAGAACUUUUGUACAAUUUUGAAAAUGCCCUAUGAAGGUCACACUGCUGCAUAUUUUAUCCUGCCUGACAAAGGGCAGCUUGAGAGGGUGGCCAGCAGUUUAUCACAUGGAGUUUUACAGAAAUGGAAAAGUAUACUUUCAAAAAGCUCUAUAAAUGUCUAUAUACCAAAAUGCCUUGUAAGUGGAGAGAUUAAGCUGAAGAAUAUAAUGAACUCUCUGGGUGUGGCUGAUGUAUUCACUGACAAAGCAGAUCUGUCCGGAGUCACAGGACAGCCCCAUCACAGGCUCUCAGAGGCCAUUCAUAAAGCUGUGAUAAUGAUUGAUGAGAAAGGAACAGAAGCUUCAGCUGCCACUUCCAUGGACAUAGUGCCCCUGUCUGCACCUAUUGUAAUAAAAUAUAACAGCCCCUUCAUAUUAAUAAUUCAAGAACAAAAGACUCAAAGUAUAAUAUUCAUAGCAACAAUUAUUAAUCCUGCUGAGAAAUAG